AUGGUUGAGUGGAAACAAGAAGAAAAAGCGCAAAUUGACGUGCUAAUCAAUGCUGUGAGGCAUGGCGUGAGAACGCCGGUUUUGAGAACACCCGACUCAGUUGGUUUGAAGUAUGAGGACAUUUACUUUCCUUCCCAAGAUGGUGUCCCUAUCGAAGGUUGGUUUAUUCCUGGCAAAGCUGACCGUUUGAUUAUAUGUAAUCACUUCUGGCCAGGUAACCGUUAUGGCUACGCUGGACAAUUGGAGGGGCUCGGUGGCUUUGGUGGUUUCGAAGUGAAUUUCUUAAACUAUUACAAGCACCUCCAUGAUGCUGGAUACAGUAUAUUGACUUAUGAUUUCAGAAACCAUGGCCUCAGCGGUGAAGGCAAUGGUUCCACCUUUGCCUUGGGUUUUUUUGAGUACCGUGAUGUUAUCGGAUCAAUCCGCUACGCAAACUCAAGACCUGACACCAAAAAUAUGCAGAAAGCGCUUAUGUCUAUCUGUAUGGGAUGCAACUCCUCUAUUAUUGGUAUGCACAAGCAGCCAGAGGAGUUCAAGGAUAUCAAAUGUAUGUUAGGGUUACAGCCAGUGUCAGCUCGGCCCUUCUUGACAAAAUCAAUUGGAGCUAUGAAUUUCAGCAAGCCUGUAGACGAAAUUCUCGAGUACUUUGACAAAGAGCUUAUUCUUGGCACAAGUAGAGGAAUCGAUGACUUGACUCCUAUUCCUUAUGCCAAAAGUGUCAAAGUUCCAACCAAGAUCUUCCAGUUGCACCGGGAUUACCGUUCUGAUCCUAGUGAUGUUCAAGCAAUUUAUGACGCCCUUGGUUGCAAAGACAAGGAGCUUUAUUGGAUUGAAGGCGAAACUGAACGUUUCACCGCCUAUAAUUACUUUGGAAAAGAUCCUAAGCUUAUGCUUGAUUGGUUUGAUCGUCACUUCGAUUGA